UAGAUAAUAUUUACAGAUUUUUCUUGCACGUCUUGUUACUAAGUGACAUCAUUAAUCCUUUGCAGAAGGGACGGUUAGUCGUUAGCCAUUAUUACAGGAUUUUGUGAUCUGAUGCUGGGAAGCGAGGCCUUUUUGGAUGAUGCUUUGAGAGAUGCGUGAGGGGUUAAAUCAGACAGCUGAGCCGUGUGGUACCCACAAUGCAGCUGGUGUUGCACUGAUGCUGGAAACAAUCAGUCGCCUCCUCCUCUUGCAGCAUCCUUGCAUCCCUGAUGCAGAGCACAUACAUUCAGAGGGAGAAGGCUCUGGGAUACUCCCAACAUGGGUCUUCGCUGAGGACCAUGACGGACCAGAAGGCCAGUGUUGGUGGUGGGAGGCUGCCGCCGGGCCCUGAGCCGGAGAUGGAGGGUCGGAUUCAGAAAGCGGUGGAGUUCAAGAGCGAAGGGAAUCGAUGCUACAAGGACAAGAAAUUCCGGGAUGCCAUCGGCAAGUACCAUCGGGCCUUGCUGGUGCUCAAGGGCGUUCAUGAAGGCAGGGAGGAUGGUAAAGCCAACAGCAGGGACGGGGCCAGGCUGACGGAUGCUCAGAAGGUCCAGGUGGAGACCACAGAGAUCGAGUGCUAUGACAGUCUGACUGCCUGCUUGCUCCAGUCAGAGCUGGUCAAUUAUGAACGAGUGAAGGAGUAUUGUCUGAAGGUACUCGAGAGACAGAAGAGCAACUUCAAAGCCACGUAUCGCGCUGGUAUCGCGUUUUACCACCUGGGAGACUACGGCAAUGCCCUGCUCUAUCUCAAGGAGGCCCGGAGCCGAGAGCCUGCAGAUACCAAUGUCCUUCGCUAUAUCCAGCUGACAGAGAUGAAGGUGCAGAGAUGUAGCCAGCGAGAUCGGAAAGGAAUGAAGGAGGUUAUAGGAUAAUGCGGCCCGUCCAUCCAUCAGGGUAGUUUUAGCUUAUCUGGGUAAAGGAAAAAGGUGCUGAUUCUAUCACACAACAUAAAAUGAUGCAACGCAUGAAAGUACUGAGUACCACCUAGUCAACCCAUUUACAGCAAUGGCCGCAUUGAAUGAUACCAGAGCCCGGUUAGAUUUCUCUACAGUGAAACGAAUUGGGACUCACCACGGUUAAAUGCGUUGGUUCCUCACUGAUUGCUUCUCCAGCUAAUCAUUGGCCUCAUUCAGUCACUAGAGGUGAAACUAAAUGAUACCUGGCCCCAUGGAUGAGGCAUGUUUGUGGGACCCAGCAUGUCCCAGUUUCUCCACCGGAAGGAUGGCUGUGAUUUCGUCUAGAGAGGCAGCUUGAUCGGCCUUAGAAUCAGUCAGCAGUUAGAUUAUAUAUGACGUCAUAGCAUUUAUUAGACUGGAGAGAGGUGUCUCUGUUUUAUAGUUUAAAUGAGAGGACAAGAGCGCAAGGUAAUGAGUGACCCUCAGAGCCCCAAAACUACUGCACCCUCUGCUCUCCGCUCUGUGUAUCACUACUACACCCUCUGCUCUCCGCUCUGUGUAUCACUGCUACACCCUCGGUGUAUUGCUGCACUGCUAGCAUCCACUCCCUUACUGUAAAUGGAAAAAAUAGGUUCUUUUCAGUACUACUAUGGAUUGCGGUAUCAUUAUCCCAAAAAUCAGCUUCUUAAAGAAAUAAUGAAUUAAUAAAAAUAUAAAGGGCAGAAACCAUCUCUCUCUCAAUGUGGAGAUUUACCAAUUAUUAUGAUGGCAGAUUUAUCUGCAAGGCAUUUAAAGGGUUUAUUUAUUUAUGGUAGACUGAUAUCUAAAUUUCAAAAGUUAUACAAAAACUGUUGGGUCUGAAAAAAAUGUGAAUUGGAUUUCGAUUUAGCUGAAAUGGUACUAUUCAGUUUUCGAUACAUCACAAUUCAUUUUUAGUCACCAGUAGUGACCAGUGACCAAUAAACAAGCGCAAAAACAGUAACCGACAUUUUAGUGAAAUGGUCUAAGUUGUUUUAAGUUACCGGUAUGUCUUAUUUUGCUGUAUUUAUAUACAUUCAUAGGGAGCUGAGUUAAAUGGGUACGUAGACAUCUAAUCUAACAGAUACACAGCCCAUUUUAUAGAUACAGAUUCUAUCAAUCAUACACACAGCCCAUUUUAUAGAUACAGAUUCUAUCAAUCAUACACAC